UUUGGCUCCUUACUUUCAAAACCACGCCAAAGAUGGCUGAAUACUUCCAAACUGUUUACACGAAAUACUGCAAAAGCGUCAGCUGCAACCCAGAAGUCAUUCGGCAGAUUGAAUCGGUUUUUCGGAUUUCCUCUUAUCUCAUUGCAGGUCGCUACAAUGACAGCCAAGUUCUGUCAGAGCUGGUAUAUUCGGCCUCCAGACUUAUGGUUAUGUUGAAUGAUAUAAUAUUGCAACAGGCGGUUAAAAUUGUUCCCAAAGUGCCUUUGUCACAAGACCGCAUCAUGCGAUUAUUGACUGUCCUGGAAUACACAGAAGUGUUUGUUGAACUUGCAGUGAAGAAACUCUGGGGUGAGGUCGGCCGAUGGAUUGUUAUUACAGUUAUUCAGUUAGCAAAAGCUGUACUACGAUGCCUCUUGUUAAUCUGGUACCAGGCUGGAAUACAAGCAACCCCUCCCAUAAGUCCAAUUGAUCGGGACAUUCUGAUGAUGUCUUCCAAGAAACUUGAUUUGGUGGUUGAAAAUCUGAUGACAGAAAAAACCAAAAGUAAAGACACAUUUGUCCUGAAACGUUCAGGUAAAGCAAUGAGGACACUAAAAGCAGCCCCAAACGAGAACUGUAGAACCUGGGUCCUUCCAGAAGCUGAAGACAUUGAAAAGAAAUUGUUUUUGUAUAAACCUUCAAAGCUGACGCAGCCGCAAAUGCUGGCUGAGUUUAUACACAUAUCACGACCAUUAGUACAUAUCCUCCUAUUAAGUUGGAAUGGUAAAAAGUCAUGGAAACCAUGGAUGAGUUCUUGCUUAAUGGACAUUGCUAGUUUAUAUGUUAUGGGUGAUCUAAAAGAUUUAAACCCAAAUGAACGAACCGAAUUGAAACGAAGGACUUUCACACUGUUUUAUUAUUUGCUAAGAUCACCAUUCUAUGACAGAUUCUCAGAAGCAAAGAUCAGAAUUUUAUUGAAAGUAUUUGGUGACAGCAUUCCUGGCUUGAAUCAUUUUACAAAUCCUUUGAUUUCCUACAUUCCAUACUGGCAAAAAGUCUAUUUCUACCUGUGGUCCAGCUAAAGUCACAUUCACUUGUUGUUCUAUGGAUGUUGUGUGUAUAUGUAUAUAUGUGUAUAUAUAUAUAUAUAAUAUAUAUAUAUAUAUAUUAUAUAUAUAUAUAUAUAUACACACACAAAA